AGAGAGGGGUGGAGGACACUGAGUGGAGGCCAGUGGAGGGAUUGGCAGAGAGGGGUGGAGGACACUGAGUGGAGGACAGUGGAGGGAUUGGUAGAGAGGGAUGGAGGACAGUGGAGGGAUUGGCAGAGAGGGGUGGAGGACACUGAGUGGAGGCCAGUGGAGGGAUUGGCAGAGAGAGGUGGAGGACACUGAAUGGAGGACAGUGGAGGGAUUGGCAGAGAGGGGUGGAGGACACUGAGUGGAGGCCAGUGGAGGGAUUGGCAGAGAGGGGUGGAGGACACUGAGUGGAGGCCAGUGGAGGGAUCUUCAGAGAGGGGUGGCAGAUAUGGAACGGUUGGCCGAUGAGGAGGGAGUUACAAUAGUCAAGGCGAGAGAUAACAAGGGAGGGA